UUUCUCACAACUACAAACAAGAUCACGGCAUUAUUCAAAAAAGCAAUUCCAAAUGAAACGACCUACUUUGAAACAUUAGGAGUAGGUGAUGAUUCCAAAGUACCAGCAUUUGAUAUCGAUUUAGGUCAAUUACGUAGUAAUUAUUUGAAGCUUCAGCAACAUGCUCAUCCUGAUAG